AUGGCUUUGGGCAUUGUACCUUGCGAGCUUCAGGCGGGAGCCGUGCAAGCCCCGUGCAAGCCAACUGAAGACGAGCCUGCCAAUUCCGUCAGGCUUGUGGUCCAAUGCAGCACCAGUGCGCUUAGCGAACCCUGGAGACCAACGGUUUCCAAGAGCAUCCAGCUGCCUGGCUCGCGCUUCGCAAAGCUCAGCGGAAGCGCUUCUGCAGAUGCUUCUCACACCGAAACGCUCAGGAAAUCUGCGAACCGCAGCAAGUGGCGGCACGCUGAGCACGUUCUACGCUGGCGACGCCGCCUGCAAGAAACGACGACCUUAUCAACACAGACAUUUCCAGGUGAGUGGCCAAAUGCGCAUCCAGUGUUUCAAUUGGGUGAGUACUCACUUUCCGUACCACGUGCCGUCAUGUGCGCGAUGCGCCCGUUCGCAUGCUUUGCGUUGCCCUCAUGUGAAGUGCACCCAGCCCAGACGCUGCCAUGGUGCGAAGGCUUCAAUACGAAGCGCUCGGAGCUGUGCGUGGGGCAGGGCCAGUCCGUUCUGCAGGAGGAGAAUCUUUUGCCAAACUUUUGCCCAAAUCUUCGAGCAUGGUGUGUUGCUUGGGAAGUAUCCGCCAGGAGACCCGACAUCGAUCCGUGCAUCUAUGAUGUCUCGGAGUGCUUUGGAGUCUCGCAGGGCUCGUCCUGCAGGGUGCGCUGCAAAGCGCCUUAUCUUGGAGCGUCGUCGAUUGCGCUGUGUCCAGCAUCUGGAACCUCGGGCGAGGAGGCGAACCUGAGCUUCCAGCUGCCGAACUGCGUUGCGGCUUUGGAGCAAGACAAGGUAUCGUGCCCGAAUCCGGCGACAAUCCCAUCGGGCUACCUUCAGGUGCAGGAGACGGGGCAGUGGACCUGCCGAGACGGUUAUUACGGGGAGGCGGUGAGAGAGUGCACUCUGCUACGGGUUGGCGACACAUGCGUCCUGCAGGCUGUCUUCUCUGGCUGUUUGCCUCUUCUGCCAUGCCGUCGACCCGAUCCUGCUUCUGAUUUUCAAGAUGCCGUGUCUGACGUCCCUUCCUGUGGCUUCGAUACCAGCGGCUGUGAAAACGUUCAGCCUGGCGCAUCGUGUCAGAUUCACUGUCAGGAGCCCUUUAUGGGCACUAGCGUUACUGCUGCGUGUCCCAGCACGAACACGGAUCCAGAUGCCCAGCUGAUCUACACUCGGCCGCCAUGCCAGAAACGUUGCCCCAGCUCAGCAAUACAGGAAGUGGGGCCUGGUUACAAUCACGACUUCGAUCGAGACCGCUGGUCCUGUGCAGAGGGCUUCACCGGCCAAGCCGUGAAGCUUUGUGAGAUCGACGACCAGUGCGGGCGGAACGUGAGCCUGACUGGCUGCGCAGAACUUCGGCCCUGCCAAGCUCCAACGCUGGAUUCCUGCAGGUACGACUGGUCAAGUUGUGGCGAUUUUGCGCCCGGGACCAGCUGCCGAAUUGCUUGCCGCACGCCAUUCGAAGGUGAAGGCUUUCCGGCUUUUUGCUGGGCCAACAACUCGGAUUCCAUGGCGCCCCUGAACUUCGAGGUGCCCUGGUGCAACUUGAAUUGCCCUGACCCGCUUCCGCUGCCAGAGGGCUACACCAGGCAAGCGACAGGCUACAGAUGCGACGUGGGCUACACAGGCAUUGUGGAUCGAUCCUGCAGCGUGGCGCCAGAGGAUUGCUCAUGGGAGGUAACGUUUGCUGGCUGCGACAAGCUUGUGAGCUGCAAGGCUCUGCCUGAGCCGGAGGACAGGUGUCAGUUCGAUGUGGAGGACUGUCAGAGACCAGUCCCUUUGGGACAAAGCUGCGAAACUCGCUGCCGCGAGCCCUACAUCGGCCUGAGCUCGCAGAGCAAGUGCCCGACGAGGAACACGGAUCCCGAGAGGACUGUGGACUUUCUCCCGCCCAGCUGCGCAGUUCCCGACUGCCCGGAGCCAGUGCCCCGUGGCUAUGCGAAGACGGAGAAUGGCUGGCAAUGUGCUCCGGGAUAUGGGGGAACAGUGCUCAGCAGCUGCACAACAUGUGGGAGGCUGGUGCUUCGAGGCUGCACGCCGGCCAUUCCCUGCAAGCCGGUAGAAGUCGAGGACCCUUGCCGCUAUAACACCACAGACUGCUCCACCCCCCUCGGUGCCGGUGAGUCGUGCAUGAUUACCUGCGGCAAUGCCUACCAAGGGGAGCCAACGUUUGCGACAUGCCCUGCCGACAAUGUCGAUCCCGAGCGUCAAGCUGACAUCGAGCGCCUGCCUGGUUGCAGCCUCUACUGCGGGGAUCCAGACCCCCUGCCCGAAGGUUACGUGAUGCAGGUUGACAUCGGGGGCGGGCGACGGUUCGAAUGUGCUGCUGGCUACAUCGGUCAAGCCGAGAGCGAAUGCCUGCUCCUGGAUGGUUGCACAACGACCUUGCAACUUUCUGGUUGCCUGAAACUCCAGCCUUGCCUGCCUUUGCAGCUGCAGCUGCCUCAUUCCGAGCGCUACGAGAUAGAAGGUUGUGACAGCGUCCAGCCGGGCCAGAGCUGCUUGGUCCGAUGCAGCGAUCCCUGGACGGGUCCGGAGGCUUUGGUCAGAUGCCCGGAAAACAAUCUUGACCCGAACCAGCCACUGAUCGUGCCCGAGGACUGGUACCUGGACAGGCAUGGUGUCAUGUACAACAGCCUCUGGCCGCCGAAGUGCUCUUUACGAUGUGACUCGCUCAGCCCAGGCUACGAGAAGGUCCUCGGCGGCAGGUGGAGAUGCGCGCCUGGCUUCAUCGGGGAGGCCGUGACAAAGAGCUGCCACCAGCGUGGCGCCUGUGACCAGGCAGUUUCCCUCGAGGGCUGCAGAGAGCUACUGCCGUGUACCAUCCCGGGCCUGGAUGCGUGCAAGUACGAUGUCAGUGACUGUGGAGGGUUUCAGCGCGGCACUAGCUGCGAGGUGAAGUGCCGGGCGCCCUUCAACGGUACCGCCCGCAUGAUGCACUGUCCGCAAAACAAUACAGAGCCUGAAGGAGGUCUCAUCGGGGAGUUGCCAGACUGUGAGAUUGAGGAGUGCAUGGAUCCUGUGCCAAUUCCUACGAACUACGAGCCGAUCGAUGCAGCCGCGGGGCUGUGGAGUUGUGCUGCAGGCUACACAGGACUCGCUCAGAAGCAAUGUGUCGCCGAACUCACAGAGGAGCCGGAGAACAGGCUGAAGCAGGACCGCUACAACCAGUAUGGGAUGCUGCAGCCAGAGUGUGCUGUACGAGGCUUCCUCGAGGGCUGCGUCGUAGCCGAGCCCUGUGCGCAAUUUGUCAUCGAGGACACUUGCAUGUUCGCUGCUUCAUCCUGCAACGCACAAAUCGUGGAGGGCCGUCUGGUGAUUGCAGCUCUCCAGCCGGGUGAAAGUUGCGAGGUGAGUUGCAAGGCUCCGUACCAGGCGCAGAGCAGUCUGGUGCAGUGCCCAUCGACGAACACAAACGUUACAACCCCUCCAGUCUGGACCCCGCCAGAUUGUGAGCUGGGUUGCCCAAAUGUGGCGCCUCCACCUGGCUAUGUCCAUGACUCUUUCGAUGGGUCACCAGAUUCAUGGGAUUGGAAUGCCACCGACGAGUUGGAGGUUGGCGACUGGACGUGCGCAGAAGGUUUCACAGGCAAUGCAUUGAGGACUUGUCGGCUGCUGAGCGGAUGUUCAAGUGAAACGAUCUUCAGCGGAUGCUCUAGGCUCCUUCCAUGCCGGCCAUUUCUGACACAAGCUUGCGGAGUGAACGACCCGAAGCUGCAGAUUCAGGCUCUCCUCGGCUUCGCAACGGAUCGAAUGCACGGGCCACAUUACGGCCAUUACGAUAAGAACACGGAGUCGCAUUCUUGGAAUGCACGGGCCUGGGCAUGUCUGCUGCAGCUUGCAGCUGUGGGCCAUGUGGGCGGUCCUUUCAUGGCCUCUUGCCCCGCCGAGAACACGCGACCUGGAAGGCAGCUCGACUUUGCAUCGGGGCCGCCGAUUUGUGAAAGGAUAUUUCCCGAAGGCGGUUGCUACGACCCAGUCCAGCCACCACCAGGCUACGUUCGACCCAGCAACACGAGCAACUGGACCUGCGCAGAAGGCUUCGUGGGCUCUGCCCAGGAGGUCUGUGAACAGCCGACGGGCGACUGCGGCAGCGAGCUGCAGCUGCGGGGAUGCAUCGAGCAGCAGCCCUGCAAGCUUCUGGAGCUGGACAGCUGCUACUUCGAAGCCAUAGGCUGUGCAGGGCUCAUGGGCGGUGAGUCUUGUCAGAUCCACUGCCGUUCACCAUCGAUUGGCACGCCAGUUUGGGCAACGUGUCCUGUGGCAAAUGUGGACCCCGACCAGGAGCCCACAUUUACACCGCCAGUUUGCAGCAUCCCCGAUUGUGACCUCCCAGAUGAGUUUCCAGCGGGCUAUGAGAUGCAGGAGGACAUCCAGAACGGGACCAUCUUCUGCGCAGAGAAGUUCGCCGGUCGGCCGGAGGUCCAUUGUAAAGGCGUGCAGAUGUUGCAGCGAUGUCAGAUGCAGGUGACCUGUGUCUUCGAAGAUGACUGCAGCACCGGGGCUCGUUUGUCGGGCUGCCUGCUGGCCCGGCCAGCCUGGACGCGUGCAGGCACAGCAUCAACCUCUGUCUGGUCGGGGCCUCGGCUAAUGCCUGGCAGCGCUGCCAGAAUCCAACAGCUGAAGGACGGACCUUUGUUGGAUGUGCCUGGCGGUAAUGACGGCUUCCAGACGGUGAAGCCUGGCGGAGAGUGCCAAGUGAGCUGUCGCGGUGCUUUCGUUGGUAGGGCAACGGUGGGAAGAUGCCCUCUGAACAACACCGACCCUUCACAGCCACUGAUCUACGAUCCACCUCUGGCAUGCGAGUGUCCAGAUGAUCUGUCUCCAUGGCCAGAAGGCUACAAUCAAACUGGGGUUAUCAGCAACGACGGGCCCGAGCAGGAAGGCAGCUGGUACUGUGAAGAAGGCUAUGGUGGAGUUCCUGAGGUGAUGUGCGCCGUUGACGCUGGAUGCCAGCCGGAGCUCAUGUUUGAGGGAUGCGCAACUCUGCAAACAUGCAAGCCGAUGAACCUCACCGUUCCCCAAUGCCAGUAUGACAUCUCGAAUUGCACUUCGCGGCUGGAUGGGGGUGAGACCUGCGAGGUUCUUUGCAGGCUCCCAGCUGUUGGAGACGGUGUCGUUGCAUUUUGCCCCGACGACAACACAGUUCCUGAUCAAGAGCUGAUGGCGACAGAGCUCGACCCUGUGACCGGAGCGACGAUCUAUCGGCCUUUUCAGUUUCCCGUAUGCGAGACUCCGUCAUUCUGCCCGGAUCCGGAUCCUCUACCUCCGGGCUAUGUCAGGACUGGAACAGAGGGCGGAGCAGCUGAGGAGAAUUACGCGUGCGCCGAGGGCUAUUCCCCAUCACCGCGAGUCAAGCGGAGUUGUGUAAUGUCGAACAGCUCCGAUCCUCUGUCGGCGUGUUUGCUGGAGCCUCUCUUCGAAGGAUGCCCUCCCAUCGUGAACUGCAGUGGAAUUGACGAGCGCAUGAUCGACACCUGCCGAUACGACGUCUCUGAUUGUCCCGAAUUCUUCGAGCCAGGCAGCACAUGCGAGGUUUCCUGCCGAGAGCCCUUCUACAUUGGCACCGGCGCGGCUUUGGCGACCUGCCCCAGCGACAACACAGACCCAGAGAAGCAAAUCGAGUUUCCUGCGGACUUGGUAUGCACGAAGGCUUGCCCGGAGCCAGAUCCUGUGCCUGCGGGGUACGAGAAGGUGAACGGCGAAUGGCGAUGUGCGGCCGGUUACCUCGGGUCUGCUAUCGCCGAGUGCUUCGUCGACUCAAUCUUCAGCAGCAGCACAAGAACAGUUGUCUGCGUGGGUCGCGUGGAGCUCACCGGCUGUGAUCCUAUGGCAUCUUGCCAGCCACCCACCUUGGAUGUGUGCAUAUACGACGUUUCAGACUGCAUCGAUGUGAUCGGCGGGACAAACUGCUCGAUUCGAUGCCGGAGCCCGCCCUAUGAGGGCACUCCGACGAAUGCUUCUUGUCCCUACGGGAAUCUCGAUCCUUUCCGCGUGGUAGACUUCGAGCCGCCCAGUUGUGAGCUGCGUUGCCCGGUGCAAGAGGUACUGCCAGAUGGUUACAACUACAGCAAUGGGAGCUAUGUCUGCCUUGACUCAUGGUUUGGGUCUGCAACUGCGGAGUGUGUCGCCAAUGAGGAGGACUGCUCAUUUGGCAUCGUUUUGUCAGGUUGUGGGCAGAGCUCGCCUUGUGUCGGUGUGACGUCCAACACUACCGGCGGAUGCUAUUUUGACGUCUCGCCUCAGGCUUGCUUGGCGGAGGACCCAACGUUCCCUCAGGCCAACUUCGGACGUGGCCCGGGAGGCAGCUGCACGGUGAGCUGCCGGCCCCCAUGCUCCGCUCCGGAAGGAGAGCAGACGUUGAUCUGUCCGGCUUCAAACCUCAAUGCACAACUGCCGCUUCAGGGCAUUCUUCCAAACUGCUCCUUCGAUUGCGAUCCUACGGACCGAAAUGGGGGCUAUGUGAAGGGGGCCGACGGAGAGUGGCUUUGUGCUCAAGGUUUCGCCGGCGAGGUGGUCCAUCUUUGCAUGGCUGGUGAAGUCUGCGCGGAUCAGUUGACCCUCACUGGUUGCGCACCGCAGCAGCCAUGCCUACCACCAAUCAUCGAAGACACUCCGUGUAUCUUCGACGUCUCGGAGUGCGAAGGUGUUCCGGCUGGAGCGUCCUGCUUUGUGCGUUGUGCAGCGCCCUAUUACCUGGGAAGCAUCAGGCCUGCCUCUUGCUCUGUCAACAACACACGCCUUGACGGCCGUGCAGAGCUUUCGGUUCGACCAGUGUGCACUUGGAAUCCGGCGGAAUCGUGUCCUGAUCCGCCAGUUUGGCCGGCUGGCUACACUUUUGAUGACCAGACUGGUGUCUGGAUCUGCGCACCUGGUUAUGUGGGAACCGCUAUUCGGCAAUGCGCACUGCGGCUCGCAAGCCCCAACUCCGCACAGUGCAUUCCGGAGGCGACCUUUCUCGGCUGCCUCCCUCUGACACCGUGCAUCGAGCCCAUUGUGAGGGACUGCACGUACAACACGACGGCAGCAGCGAACCUGACGCCUGGUUCGACCGGCCUGAUCUACUGCAAUGUCCCUUAUGAUGGAGUCCCAGGCAUCGCGCAAUGCCCGAUCGACAACAACCAAGAGGGCCAGGAGCCGCCGUAUGUGCUCCCUGAUUGCUUUCACGCAUGCCCGCCAACAGCUGGAGAUCCGGUUCCGCCUGGUUUCAGCUGGCAGCCAGAACCGAAGGAAUGGGUCUGCGACAACGGCUACCGGAGCCCAGCCGAGGUGAACUGCACCACCAACAUCGCGUGCGAAUGGAAGCUCGACUUCGGUGGCUGCGAGAAGCUAGAGCCGUGUGCAGACUUGAACAUGACGAGCUGUGUGGUGGAUGGAGAUGCAUGCGUGGAUAUGGACUACGGGGACACCUGCACUCUUAGUUGCAGGGCGCCGUUCUUCGUGGGUGUCAGCACGAUCGCUUCCUGCCCCUCCGACAACAUCGACCUUGAGCUGCAGGCUUCUGAAAUGCCAGUGGAGCUGGAGGAUAGAAAGAGCCAGUACAUUCUCGGCCACUUUGCCCUGCGAGGUAAGGCGCCGGAUCCCAGGACUCAGCCUCCCUGCUUCUACGACACCUCUUUGUGUCACUCCAUCCCGGCUGGAAGCAGCUGCACUAUUUCCUGUUUGGCACCAUACAGCGGCAGUGAGGGCCGAGGAAGCUGUCGUGUAAACAAUACGGAUCCACACAGGCGCGUGUCGCAUAGCAGACCAUCCCACUUCCGAAGUAGACCGGGAUGCAUGCUGGCUUAG